UCCCACAGUGCUCUGUGGUGGGACUUCUGUUUCCGGUCGACGUGUCUCUCAGGAAGAACAGCGGUUAAGGGGACUGAGGUAUGGCCCCUCCAGCCCCCGGCACGGCCUCCGGCACCUCUGGGGAGGUGGACGAGUUGUUCGACGUGAAGAACUCCUUCUACAUUGGCAGCUACCAGCAAUGUAUCAACGAGGCGCAGCGGGUGAAGCUGACCAGCACAGAGCGGGAGGUGGAGCGGGACGUCUUCCUGUAUAGAGCGUACCUUGCACAGAGGAAGUAUGGUGUGGUCCUGGAUGAGAUCAGGCCCUCCUCGGCCCCUGAGCUGCAGGCCGUACGCAUGUUUGCAGAGUACCUGGCCCACGAGGCCCGCAGGGAUGCCAUUGUGGCUGAGCUGGACCGGGAGAUGAGCAGGAGUGUGGACGUGACCAACACCACCUUCCUACUCAUGGCUGCGUCCAUCUAUUUCCACGACCAGAACCUGGAUGCGGCCCUGCGUACCCUUCACCAGGGUGACAGCCUGGAAUGCAUGGCCAUGACUGUGCAGAUCCUGCUGAAGCUGGACCGCCUGGACCUAGCCCGGAAGGAGCUGAAGAAGAUGCAGGACCAGGAUGAGGACGCCACGCUCACCCAGCUGGCCGCUGCCUGGGUCCACCUGGCCGCGGGUGGCGAGAAGCUGCAGGAUGCCUAUUACACCUUCCAGGAGCUGGCGGACAAGUGCUCAUCCACACUGCUGCUGCUUAUGGGCCAGGCGGCCUGCCACAUGGCACAAGGCCGCUGGGAGGCAGCUGAGGCGGUGCUGCAGGAGGCGCUGGACAAGGACAGCAGCCACCCUGAGACGUUGGUCAACCUUGUGGUCCUGUCGCAGCACCUGGGCAAGUCCCCCGAGGUGACAAACCGAUACUUGUCCCAGCUGAAGGAUGCCCACGGAUCUCACCCCUUUAUCAAGGAGUACCAGGCCAAGGAGAAUGACUUCGACCGCCUGGCACUGCAAUACACACCUAGCGCCUGAAGCUUACAGGACACCUAGGCCCAUGCCCCACCUCGCCGGCCUGACCCUGCCCACCUCUCUCUCCCUCUCCUUACCUAAGCCCUCCUCUUCCAAUAAAUGUCACCCUGCUGUCUUUGUC